CAUGAUUUGUUUGAAGACCGAGAACAAAACAGUUGAUCUGCCGUUUCCCACUUAUCCCUAUCUCCUCGGCCAUGAACCACCUACGUCUCACACAGACAACACCUACCAUGCAUUACAUUCUUGUACCCUAUAUUUUUGUUCCUCUCUUUGUGUUGGUAAACAUGAUUGCAUCGGCAUAUAGGCAAGCACAGAUCGUUCAGGUUUUUAAUGUCCUUCAUUCUUCCAUCCUAUUUUCUCUUUUUUAAGCAUGAUGUUUUUUCUCUUUCCUUCUCAAAGUUCAAUCUCUUCACCAGACCUCGUAUCAAUCAUGGACGCUCCGAGUCUUCCAUUAUAUUAGUUCAAGAC